AUGAAUCAACAAGAGCAGCCUCGAGGGGCUUUGGCAGUGCUUGUCGAUUUGGCCAGUGAAGAUGCUAGGCCAAUGUGGGUAGUGAACACUCACCUCUCGCACAGGAUGGCAUCUGCAGAGCAGCGUCGGCAGGCGGAAGAGUUGUUGGCCUGGAUCGAAGAGCUUCGUCAUGUGCCAAUUCCAGGUUUAUCCAGGCCAACAUUCUUGCUAGCCGGCGAUCUGAAUUCCUCCUUCUACAUGCCGUUCUCCGGGUACAGUGUCAUUGUCUCAGAUUCGCGCUGGAAAGAUUUGUGGAAGGCAGCAGAAGCACCUUGCUGCUGCCAAGCCAGCUUUCCUGCCUAUGGCUGCGGCGGUUUGUUUGGGAUGAGGAUUGACCAUCUCUUUGGCCUCCGUGAUGGAGAUGCCCUCCCCAUGUGCGAGUUAGCCCACGUGCUCCGACGUACUCCUGCCGAUGAGAUGGCAUCUGACCAUUGUGCGGUUUUCGUGCAGAUGGACUUUGUGGAUGAUCCUGCCAGUGAGUCAGGACUUGAGCAGAAAGUGCUGCUGAUGUAG